AUGGGACCCAAUCUAGAGUUUGGGUCUUAUGGGACCUGGCCCACACUGGGGCAAGUUGAGAGUCUAAGCCCACAGGAUCUGGCCCGGUACCGGAAUGAGGCAGGAGCCUGGGUUCCUUCUCUUAUCAUUUCCUUUCUGUUUGGAGAGAUUCCUUUAACCAUUCUUCUAAGUUAUGCAAGUUCAUAUAUCCUCUCUCCCUCUCUCUGCUGUAAUCAAAAGCACAGGGAAAUCUUGACCGCAAAAGAUAUGCAUAGAGUAAUCUUGAAGUGGUUAACUAAAAAUCACCUUGUUGAUAUGGGCAUAGCACAUGGAUGAGCUAUCCAUAUAGAACAGCUAUUCAAAUAAUUGCAGAAAACAUCCUCUGAAGAUCUUAGUCAGAUGAAAGAGGGAAAAGGUAGUAAAAAUGUUCCUAAAAUACAACAUUUGAUGUAAGAAGAAAAUGGAGAAACUUCAAAGCAAAAGCAAAAUGAUACAGAGAAAUCAGUUAUGGCUAAUGCCUCUACAGUGGGUACAGUCACUAAAAAUGAGUUCAUGGAAGAUGAAAUAGAUGACACAAAGGAAAGGCAGCCAUCCAGAGAACUGACAUGUGUAUCGUACUUUUUUGAUGAAUGUAACCCAUAUCACUACAAAUCGAAUUUUAGUCUACAGCCUGAAACAGGACCACCACUCAAUCUCACUGAUCCAACAAAUUAAUUCAAAACCUAUUUGUGAAAAUAGAGAAACAGCUGCAGAAGAGAUGUUAAGGUGAAAUUUAGCAAUGAAGUUUUCCAAUUUGCUUCGGUUAUAGAAAAUUCGCCUACUAAUGGCACCAUUCAUUUUGGAGUUAAAGGCAAACCCUAUGGAAAAAUUCUUUACAUGAAAGUCACCAAUUUCACCAAGGAAGCCCUCACUGACCAUUUUAAAUUGAUGAUCCACCAGUAUUUUGAAGACCAUCAGGUCCAAAAAGCAAAGAAGUACAUUUGAGAGCCAAGAUUUGUAGACGUUUUACUGCUAAACCGUAGGUAUCCUGACAGAUGUAUUGAAGCAAAGGUCAUUACAAAGUACUCUGAAUAUGAACAAGAUUAUUUCCAUACUAAAAUGCAAAAUCACAACAACAGAACAUGGAAACUAAGUCCAAAAUAUUCAGUCUUCAUAUGAGAUGGGGCCAGCUCUAAAGACAUCAUGAAAAAUAAUGCAGAUUUCAGAGCAUUUAAAUUAGAUUUGAAAGCACUGUCAGAGUCUAGAAAAGAGGCAGAAAAAACAUGCAAAGUAAAAACAAAUAAAAAAGAGAGUAAGGGACCAACACUUGCUAAAUUAUUGACAGGAAAUCAGGAUUUGUUUGAUAAUUCAUUCAAACCACGACUGGUACACAUUCUUGUGACAAAUAAAUGCCAUCUGAAUCAAAUAAAACACUUAGAUUCCCUAAAGGAAAUUUAAUGACUUGCUGUGUUGGAGUUUAAUCCUAAAUCUGUGAGAAGGGGGGUAGUCAAAGCUUACAAAGAGCCAAAUCUGUAUGUGUAGGGGGAAAAAAUACAAAAUGAGAAGAUUUCUAGUCUGAAUCUUUAUCAACAGCCCAGCUGGAUUUUCAGCAAUGGCAGGUUAGACCUUAACAGUGAAAAAUAUAAACACUUAGAUCCAAGUUCCUUGCAAAGAGAAAAACUGUUUCUCUUUAUUAUUCUAUUACUCUCUUCCAUGGAUGACCUAAGAGACCUCCUCCUUGAGACCUUCUGUGCUUUCUACCAAGAUCUCAAAGGAAUGAAAAAUACAUCGUGUAUUUGUGUAUACUCACAUAUGUGUCAAGGAUAGAAAGGCCUACUCGAAACAAGAUUAAUAAACCAGCAAAAUGAGCUAUCAAGCUAAUGUGUUUCUGACUUAAGUCUUGAAGAAAUAAAUGGUACUAUUGUUCAACUAAAAUCUGUCACUCAAUCUUUUUGCCAUCUAUUGGUUCAUCUAACUGUCCUUCUAAAAAAGGAAGAAGUUGUCAUGACUGUUCUGGAAAUUCUUUGUUAAAGUGAAUACGAAGACACGGUCUUAGAGGACAGAAACAAAGUAUUUGAAUUCUAGGCAUCAGAAGAGGAAGACUUCUAUCGAGGUGGGAAAGUAUCAUAGUGGAACUUCAACUUUUUUUCCAUCAAAAAGGAUAAAUAUGAAAAACUUGAAGCAGUGGUUCAAAACUGGGCAAAUUCUUCUAAACCAAUAUGUGCCAAUAAUAUUCAUUCAUAGCAUCAUCCAGGUUGUGGUGGGACUACCUUGACUCUGUGUAUUCUUUGGGAACUAAGGAAGAAAUUAAGAUGUGCUAUGUUGAAAAACAAGACAGGGGAAACUGGAGAAUAAGUGAUUAAUUUAAACACCUUUGGGGCAACCAACCAUCAGGAAAACUUACUUGAACUGCUCCUUAUUGGAUUUAAAGAACAAAAUUAUGUCUAUUUUCUCCAGGCCUCUAUUAGCAGUAGCUAAUAGUACAUUUGACAUGAGAAACCUCCAGUGAUCCUAACUUGCAUGAAAUCACAGAAUCCUGUAAAAGGUACAAAGAUCUCAGAUGGUAAUGCUCUAAUACAACAACUAUCUGUCAAAGCAGAGCUUAAAUUGAAAAAAAUUGAAGUGCAGCAUAAAAACUUUAAAGAUUUUUGUUUCUUCAUGAUCGUGAAAAGCAAUUAUAAUAGAAAGUACAUAGAAAAUGUGGCUAGGAAUAUCCUGAAAAGACAAAAUACUUCUAGGGAAACAAAUCUCUUUUCUUUCUUGACUCUUCCUAAUUCAUAUAUGCCUGAUACAACCAUUUUACUAUCAUAGUGUGAAAAAUUCUUAAGAAUCAUAAAAAAGAAGGUUUUCUGGGGAACAGAAAAACUUGAAGGCAAGAUAGCACCAACUCUAGGCAUUAAGGAAUCUACUUCUGAAAUCAUUGUUUCACUAUAUGCUAACUAAUUUGGAUGUAAAUUUUAAAAAGUAAAAAAUAAAAAUAAAAAUAAACUUUUAAAAACAGGGAGGGGGACAAAAUAGAAGAGACUCAUAAAUAUGGAGAACAAACUGAGGGUUGCUGGAGGGGUUGUGGGCGGGGAAUGGGUAAAUGGGUAAGGGGCAUUAAGGAACGUACUCCUGAAAUCAUUGUUUCACUAUAUGCUAACUAAUUUGGAUGUAAAUUUUAAAAAAUAAAAAAUAAAAAUGAAAAAAAAAUUUUUUAAAAAAGCACCAACUCUACAAUUCAGAUAAAAACAGAGGUGGUGGAAUGUGGGAAGUACUGUGGAGUGCCUAUUAUUCAUCCUUUGUAUGCCAUUUGCUUACUGGAAGAACUGAAGAUAAACUAUCUCUCCCAGUUCACCUCUCUGCACAGCCUAUCUGCUGAGUUCUGUAGCUCAAGUUAUGCGGAUUGUUGUGUUAAUCCUCAGCUCAAUUUUAUAGGUGUUCAAAAUGGUUCCGUGCUGAUCUAGCUGCCUUUCAGGGAUGAGACAAGCUCAGGGACUCCAUGCUGCUCUGCCAUCUUAAUUUCUCCUACUGU